UGUGUGCUGGAAGAACAUCCUUCCGAGCCAUGUGGCCAGACAUUUCCUGGAGGAUAAGGUCAACAGCAAGUCAAAAGAUCUGUAUCACGAGGCCAGAGACUAUGCCUGCAUCAUCUUUAUCACUAUCACAGACUUCAGUCGCUUUUAUAUGGAGUUGGAUGCGAAUAAUGAAGGUGUCGAAUGCUUACGACUGCUGAAUGAGAUCAUAUCCGAUUUCGACGAGCUGCUCGAUAGAGACGAAUUCAAGUGUAUAGAGAAAAUAAAGACGAUCUCAACGACAUACAUGGCCGCAAGUGGUCUUGCUGGAAAGAUCGAGGGCAACACGCAUGUUGUGGCCGUUGCUAACUUUGCCUUGCAACUACUUGCCAAAAUUAAAGUCAUCAACGAGCACAGCUUUAACAAUUUCGAUCUCCGAAUAGGAAUCAACACCGGCCCAGUGGUUGCUGGUGUAAUUGGACUGAUGAAACCUCAUUAUGAUAUUUGGGGUAAUUCGGUGAAUGUUGCUAGUCGAAUGGACUCAUCAGGAGUGCCGGGGAAAAUACAGGUAACCGAAGAAACGAAGAAUAUUCUUGAAAAGGAGGGUUUCGAAUUUGAGUGCCGCGGUGAAAUCAACGUGAAAGGCAAAGGACUAAUGACCACCUACUUCCUGAAAACAGCCCCCGAUCAAGCAGAACUCUUUAUUUAA